UGACUGCAGUUCAACAAGAAAAGAAACAAAGAAGACUGUCACCACUUCCUGCGGGAAAAUGGUCACGUCAAGGGUCAGCGACAGUACCCGGAUGUACAGCCCCGCCCACCUGCAGUAUCAAGAGCAUGAUGCUUCCAAAGACCCAUGCUCAGACACAGGAUAACGCAAACACACUGAGGCUGUGUGGCCGGGCACUGCUGCGAGCAGUGGUGUACACCUGUGGAGGAUCCAGAUGGAGAAGACUGGUGGGACAAGAGGAAACUUUGCCAGGCGGCAAGAGGAGGCCAAACCUCCUCAAGACGACCGCUGUGCCAGCGAUGGACCGUCACUGGCGUGACCAAAACCAGGCACUUAUAACAGUGUGCUGUCAACUAGGCUGUCGAACGACUGACCUCUCCAUGCUCUGCUAGCGGGGAACGUCGAAAGAAGGUCAUCAUCAAUCUGUCACAGUUAUGGAUUAGUUUGAAAUAUAAUUUUAAAACAUUGUCAAAAUAAUAUUUCA